UUAGUUUCUUUUAGCAUCAUGGGGAAAUGCUCGCCAACACGUCCCAUCAAACAUAUCCAUUCCUUAUCAUACUGCUAUAAUAUUAAUAAUAAUGUCGUUUGGUCAUGUAAGCUUUUCUUGAAUGACCCCCAUUCACGACGGUAAAUUUCUCUGGAGUUAAAUUUCAUCCCGUAUCAUUGAAGUCUGCCUUUAGGUUUUCGAGUGACACCGUGGCGCGUUAAAUUGACGAAAGCCGCCGUUCUACUACUAGCUGUUCUAAAUUCUUCAGCAUGGCACAAAGCAAAGAGGUAGUUGCUGAACCUCGACUGUUCGCUUGCGCCCGGGUAGCUACCGCAGUGCUGACACACUUUCUGGGCAUAAUCCUUACGGGCUUCGUCGCCUUUCUGGCUCGACCUGGUACAAGUUGGUUUUCCUGGCAUCCGUUCCUCAUGACACUAGCAUUCUCAUUCUUCAUGACCGAAGCCAUCCUCCUCUUCUCGCCCCAUGGAUCCCCCAUCAAGAGGUUUUCCCACAAGGUGAAAGGGCGUGUUCACUGGAUAUUGCAGUGUGCUUGCGUGACGUGUGCCACGCUUGGCCUGGUGUCCAUCUUUUACAACAAACACCUGCUCGGCAAGUCUCACUUCACCUCCUGGCAUGGUGUGCUGGGCCUGAUUACGGUGUGCGUGGCGGCAGUGCAGUCUCUUAGUGCCGUGCCCCUCAUUUACCACUCUUUGGCCAAAGGCUGGUCACUGGCUAAGCUCAAGAGGUACCACGCAGCAUCCGGGCUGGUCACCUAUCUGCUUGGCAGCGUCAGUUUGCUCCUCGGCUUGACUUCUGUGUGGUUCACCGCGUCAGUCAGUGAAUUCACUUGGUACCUGGCCGCACUGUGUCCUACUUUCAGUGCCCUCAUCAUGAUGAAUCAAGUUACCAGUGCUUAUGUGGCAAGGAAACGCUUCCAGUCCUAAUUCUGAUACAGUGCUGCUAAAACGUAUAUGCCCCUAUUAUACAUUAGAUUUUGGGGGAAAAAAACUAACGUAACCUGGCCCUGUGUGAAAAGGUAAUCACCUUCUUGUGAAAUCAUGAACUGAAUGUGGCUGGCUGGGUUAACUUUGACUAACCACGCUAAAAGGCUGAUUACCUGCAGGCUUGUUCCACGACAACACCUAAAGAACUGCAAGCCUGCCUUGCAUCUGUGUUCAGUGUUCACAACUCAACAAUGAGAGAUUGGCCAAAAAUUGCAUUCUUGACAGAGUUCCAAGGCCAAAACCAAUCAAAAUGCGGGACUUAUUUUUGCAAAAACACAUCUGAACGAUUCCCAAUACUUUUGGGACAAUAUUCUAUGGACUGAAAGGAGAAAAACGGAUCCUAUGGAAGCUAUGCGUCUCAUUACAUCUGGCAACGUUGUGUUUCAGAAAAGAUUAUACCAACAGUCAAAUGUUGUUGUUGUCGCUUUGCUUGUUAACGACCUGGAUGAUUUGCUGUGGUAAACUGAACCAAGAUUUAAGCUCUUUGCCCAAAAAUCUUGAGAGAAAAUUCGAGGCUACCAGUUUCUGACCUCAAGCUCCAACGAAUAUGGGUUCUGUAGCAACACAAUGAUCCAUAACACAACUGCAAAUCUACUUUGAAUUGCUGUAAAACACAAGAUAAGUUUACUAGGCUGGCCUAGUCAAAAUCCAGACUAUUUGUUAUAAAUGUAAUCUUUAAUAACAAUCAAAAAUUACUUGAGUGAAAUAGUUUAUCUGAUGGCAUUUUACAUUUACCGGUACUCCCUUGAACACACACCUGUUUUCCAUUUGUUGGUCAAAAUAGGCUUCGUUUUUUUUCCCCACCUCGGAUUACAUAAUUUAAUAAAGCUAAAAUGCGAUGUCAUCUCGAUUGAUUAAAUGAGUUUUGGGGGACUUUGCAGAAGCGAGAUAUUUCUCACCCAUGGUUUAUUUGAAAAUUGUAGUCCAAAACUGCCUAGUAUGGCUGUUUGAAAGUCUUAAAUUGAAAAUAUACAUACUGUUGUUAUAUAAUUUUGGUCUGGUUGAUCUUUAAAACAAGUUUUUACAGCUGCGGGUGUCGCGAAAUCGCUAUCUCAAGUGAGUUUAAUUGUCAAUUAAUUGGCAUGUCUAUUUUUACUUUUAUACUGUUUCAGAAGCUGUAGUUGUAUUUAUGUAAAAAAAUGUUUUUUUUCUAUAUUUACCUGUCUUUUUUUUUUAUUCCAAACAUCUGUAUUUUCACUUAAGUACAGUGUUUGUCAAGAAACUUUUGCCAUCUCAGGUCUUAAUGAAGGUUGCAAUAUAAUGUGACUGACAAUUCUGCAGGGAUUGCUUUGCACUUAAAACUAUUUUAUGUGUAUAUAAAUUUGACGUUUUUUCCCCAUAGUGUACAUUAUACAACCACAGCACUUCCUGAUGUCUCACACCCCUUGUGAAUUUCACCAAACAUAUUUAUUUUACAUUAAUAAUUGUAUUUAACAUGAACCUCAAAUAAAAUUUUGGUUGGCACUUGAUUGUAAAAUUGAGGACCAAAGAUGUACAAUACUGUAUUGUCCCCCCGGCAUUAGACUAGUAUACUGCGUACGUAGCCUUGUCUUGCCUUUGAAUUGGCUUAAAUUGAACAGCAUAUUACGAACCAUGCCAUGUUUUGUUGCUUAUUAAAAACACAUUGCAGAUUCACACAAUAAAAGAGUGUUUUAUUUUUAAAAUAACAAUAACACAUUUUCUGCUGUUGCCUUUGUGGUAGGGAUCAGCCAUCAAAGUUAACACAAAGGUAAAAAAUAAAUACAUUUCAGAUACUAUACGGACACUAAAAUGAGAAAUUAUUAAAAGGAGUACGUUAGGAAAUUAUAAAAAGUUAAAAAAAAAAAAAUCCUAUGAAUUUAUUUUUUACUAGAAUAGAAAAAAGUUGUGACACCCAACUUCAAAUAACACUGUAGGAUCUGGAGAUUUAAUGGUCUCCUUCCAGAGCCCCCAUACAUGAUUUGAAGAUGGGGAAAAAAGUUUAAAAGGGAGGGGAAAGUAUCCACCUGUCCACCAUAAAAGCUAAACAGAUUAUGCUGUUCAGCCUCAUGCUCCCAAGUUUUUUUUUCCCUAAAGGCUAAUAUAACCACUGCGUCAACUUGUUGCAAACAUAUUCCUACAUCUAAACACCAGUGUGGCGUCAUCACGAUAUAAAAGACACAAGGCUAGAGCAGCAGAGACCUACACAUCACUGACUGAGACUAAAACAGAAGGCAAUCGCAACUGGUUGACUGAUGAAGCUCACAGCGCCAUCUCGCUGGGCUGGCUCUACCACAGUCACUGGUGGGCAUGAGUGUGAACGUUCCGAUAGUGACGCUGACAUUUAACAAACACUCAGACCAUGAUGAGAAAAGUUGGCUCAUAGAAAUGUCGAAUGAGUGGCUCUUUGUCGCCUUGACUCAUUUGGUUGUUGUUUAGGGAAACAAAAUGUUCACAUUUGUUUUAUCACAAAGUUAAAAAAAAAAUACACAUACCAAGAGCGAAUAAGAUCACUGACGAUCUCUCAGUGUUAAGGCUAAAUAUAACAGAACACACAGUGUGUUACUGCGGGAGAUUUAAAAUACAUUCAUUUUGAGCAUUAAGAAGGGGGAAAAACGUGGCUCCCCUAAAUCCAUAAACAAUGCAAUGUUUAUGUUCAUAAAUGUUGUCAUUAAACAACUCCCAAUACACUGCACAGUAUUUACUUGAAAUAUAAACAAUGACGAUAACUACUAUGUACAUAUAUCUACAUGAUCAGUCGGAACCACAUAAUCUCUUUUCAACAGGUGACGCUACGUGUUUCUUCAAAUUUUAUAAUCCAAGAAAUAUUAGAUAUUUUAGUUUUUUUUUUUUUUUUUAAUAUGGCUAGGCUGUACAAAUAGUCAAUGGCCACAGUGAGGGUAAUUGUGUGGAAUGAAAUUCCGUAGUGUUGAAGACAAUGCAUGAAAUCGGGCCAGUGAAUUGUUGCUACAAAAAAUCCAACAGUUUAGUCAGAAUGAGGAUUUGUUAUUCAUUUUAUCAAUCACUUUAAAUACACUGCUGGCCAAAAGUAUUGGCACCUCUGCAAUUUUGUCAGAUAAUGCUCAAUUUCUCCCAGACAAUGAUUGCAAAUACAAAUGCUUUUGUAGUAAUGCCUUGAUUUAUUUUGCUUGCAAUGAAUAAACACGAAAGAGAAUGAAAAGAAAAGUUAAAUCAUUAUCAUAUUACACAAAACUCCAAAAAUGGGCCGGACAAAAGUAUUGGCACCCUCAGCCUAAUAAUUGGUAGCACAAACUUUAGACGAAAUAACUGCGAACAACCACUUCCGGUAUCCAUCAGUGAGUUUCUUACAAUGCUAUGCUGGGAUUUUAGACCAUUUUUCUUUGGCCAACUGCUCCAGGUCUCUGAGAUUUGAAGGAUGUCUUUUCCAAACUGCCAUUUUUCCAGAUCUCUCCAAAGGUGUUCAAUGGGAUUCAGGUCUUGACUCAUUGCUGGCCUCUUCAGAAGUCUUUAGUGCUUUCUCUCAAACUAUUUUCUAGUGCUUUUUAAAGUGUGUUUUGGGUCAAUGUCGUGCUGGAAGACCCAUGACCUCUGAGGGAGACCCAGCUUUCUCACUCUGGGCCCUACAUUAUGCUGUUAAAUUUGUUGGUAGUCUUCAAACUUCAUAAUGCCAUGCACCUGGUCAAGCACUACAGUGCCAGAGGAAGCAAAGCAACCCCAAAACAUCAGGGAGCUUCAGCCAUGUCUGACUGGGGUCCGUGUUCUUUUUUUUGAAGGCCUCGUUUUUUUUUUUUCCCAUUAAACUCUUAAGUUAAUGCCUUUUCCCAAACAGCUCUACUUUUGUCUCAUCUGACCAGAGAACAUUCUUCCAAAAUGUUUUUGGCUUUCUCAGGUAAGUUUUGGUAAACUCCAGCCUGGCUUUUUUAUGUCCAUGGGUCAGAAGUGGGGUCUUCCUGAGUAUCCUACCAUAGAGUUCCUUUUCAUUCAGACGCCGACGGAUAGUACGGGUUGACACUGUUGUAAACUCCGACUGCAGGACAGCUUGAAUUUGUUUGGAUGUUAGUUGAGGUUCUUUAUUUUCCACCCGCACAAUCUUUCGUUGAAAUCUCUUGUCAAUUUUCUUUUCCGUCUACAUCUAGGGAUGUUAGCCACAGUGCAAUGGGCUUUACACUUAUUGAUGACAAUGCGCACGGUAGACACAGGAAUAUUCAGGUCUUUGGAGAUGGACUUGUAGCCUUGAGAUUGCCCAUGCUUCCUCACAAUUUUGCUUCUCAAGUCCUCAGACAGUUCUUUGGUCUUCUUUUCUCCAUGCCCAAUGUGGUACACACAAGGACACAGGACAGCGGUUGAGUCAACUUUAAUCCAUUUUAACUGGCUGCAAGUGUGAUUUCGUUAUUGCCACCACCUAUUAUAUGCCACAGGUAAGUAACAGGUGCUGUUAAUUAGAGAAGCAUCACAUGAUUUUUCAAAGGGUGCCAAUACUUUUGUCCGGCCCAUUUUUGGAGUUUUGUGUAAAAUGAUAAUGAUUUAAUUUAUAUUCAUUCUC